AUGGGGCGCAAGCCCUCGGUCUCGGACCUGAACCCAUCCACGAGCCGGUUCACGCUACGCAUACCCCUACUCGGACGCCCCAAAGUCCCGUUACAGGAGGCUGUCAAGAGCGCGGAAGCGGGUGCACAACUGGACGGAGCGACAUCCGGGAGAAGCGAUGUCGCUGCGGAAGACGACGGAGCAAAGGAUGUUGCCAGUCAACUGCAGUCUCCAGCCAAUGUAGGUGACCGCAAGGAUAACGACAGCAUAGAUCCUGAACCACCUUCCCCUCAAGUGUCGGCUACUUCACCUCCCGUGCGGUCGCCUGUGGCCGAGUCGUCUUCUCCGGAACCGCAGCUGUCUACGUCGCCACCGAGGCCACCUUCUGAUGACAAGACGCCGGAGGUCACUGAUCAUCCUGCGCAUACGUCAUCCUGGUGGGAUUAUGUUGGCUGGAGUCACAGUGCGCAGUCCAUUUCGGACAGGCCUGCGAAGCCAGACACUCUCACGGUUGACACCGUCAAGGCUAAUGCUCAAGCGGAAGUAACAACUCCCACAUCGCCAGCUCCUGAGAUGGUCAAGACGGCGUCUACGGCUUCCGCACCCCCUGCAGUAGGGAGCUCUCUGCACGAGGAGCUACCGCCUGAGGUACAGAAGAGCUUGACCACGGAUGACAUCGAGAACGCAUCGGCUCCUGCUCGGAAACCGGCGUCGAUACUCUCUGCAGAGACCGCGAAGAGCCGUAACUCGGUGUGGUAUUCACCUUGGGCGUGGUACAGCAUGUCUCCCAACCCUGCGGAUGCCGGUUCGUCUACAAUCCAGGCGCCUGAAGCGACUAAGGACGAAGAAGGCUCAAGCGAACACGUCAAGACGGAGUCCGAGAUGGUCAAAGAACAGGCGCUUGCGCGAGACGAACAGGCCGAUGACAAGGUUGACAAGACUGAGAUCCCCGUGAUAGCGGUGGCCUCUGAUCCACCGCCACCCCAGGACAGUGCUUUGUCUCCAUCGGCAGAGUUGCAGAACCCUAUCGAGUCGUCUAUCACUGCGAGCCGUUCCGGCUGGGUAUCGUUCUUCAUGUCCAAGGCGCUACUCACAAAGUCCAUAUCGGACGAUGGGAAGGAGAAGGAUGAGAAUGGUAUGGAAGUGAUGGAUGUUGACGAUGAGGAGGAAGACAAACAGGAAGGGCCUUCUGCACCCGUCGUGAUCGCACCGGGCAAGGACCAACUGCAGCCGCGGCCAGUGUCACCGUCGUCGAAGGCAUCAGCGCCUUCCGCAAGGCGUGAACAUGCGCACAAGAAGUCCAUUGGCUCCGUCUCCGCCGUGGAUCGACGGAUGAGUGAUACGAAAGGCACUGCACGGACUCCCUCCCCAGCGCCAUCGAGGGCGUCUAGUGUCCACUCUGCAAUGGCGCCCCGACCGCCGUCUCUCAAGAACCUGGUGCUCCCGACGUGGGAGCAAACCUUCCUAUCACCACCGCGCUCGAUCGUCCCGCCAAAACCUCAGGGGAAGUCGAAGCUUGCGAAGAUGUCGAAGACGAUCUCACUCGUGAGCGACGUGUUGUUCAGCAAGGAUGAUGAGGUGGGAGGCAAGGGGAAGGGUAAGGAACGGGAGCGGGAGGCAAAAUUCAUCCACUUGGGCAAGGAGUUGCCGAAGGCGCUGGACGUCAUCGGGGAGACCCUCAAUCUCUACAUGCUCAACGGGGGCUGUAGGGUGGUCGUGAUCGGGGUGGCCGGGUGGUCUCCAGGCGCGGUGACUAGGACGUUGGCUGGUGGACUGCCAUCUUCUAGCUCCAAGUUUGUCGACAUGACCUGUCAAGCGCUGGAACAGCUCGAGCAGGAACACAGCUUCAAGUUCAAGAAGAUCACGAGGGUCCCAUUGGAAGGAGACGGGACCAUUGAGCGGAAAGUGUCGAAGGUUCACGACCACUUACUAUCAAACGAGGAUUGGAUGGAAGAUCUCCAUGCCGCAGAUGUCAUCCUUGUGGCUGCACACUCACAAGGAUCCAUCGUGGCUACACAUCUGAUUGACCGUCUGGUUCGCGAUGGUCAUAUUCUCACGUCGCGGAGCGUGGACAUAUUGAAGCGGACGGCAGCUGCAGUCGCCCCGGGAAGCGCUGCUCCAUCUGUCACUCAAGCCCAACGCAUUGGUUUCCUAGCCCUCUGUGGAAUCCACCUUGGGCCGUUGAGGUAUUUGGGGGCGAGCUCGCUCCUGCAGCCAUAUAUUCAGUAUUUCGAACAUGCCUCCGCGCGGGAGUUGUUCGAGUUCCAGAAUACCCAAUCCCGCUUGUCGAAGAACUACGCCAAGGCGCUCAAGAACGUUGUUGAUCAUGGUGCUAAGAUGGUGUACAUCGCGUCUCUCAACGACCAGGUUGUUCCUAUCUAUUCUGGCUUAUUUACGGCUGCGUCGCACCCUCGAAUUCUGCGCGCUUUGUAUAUCGACGGUGAUGCAUACCACUCCUCCGAUUUCUUGACCAAUCUGCUCGUUCUGCUCAUUCGUAUAUUGAACGCUGGCCUGUCUGAUGGUGGCCUCCUGAUACAUCUGUCCGAGGCUACUGCUGGCACGUUGAGUGGCAUCGGCCACUCCACAGUGUAUGAGGAACUCGCCACAUUCUCUUUGGCAGUGAAGUACUUCUUUCUGACCACAGAUGGUGAUAAAGAGGACGUGGAGCUCAAUAUAGACUCUUUCAAUGCUGUGGAGGAACAGAAUGAUUACGAGAUUCCAUGGUCACUUCGCGAUAUGAUCGCCGACGAACGAGUCGCUCACCUCUUCGCACGGGAAUUCGCGCAAUUGCGAGACGCAUUCGAUGACUGGCACCCGAAGACCACUAUCUUGCGAGACGUCAAGAGGAAACUGCAACCUAUUCAACGCUUGAACUCUUUCACUCCGUCUAAUAGCAGAUUAUAA